GGGGAGAAAUACAUUGUAUUUUUCUCGUGUCGCGAAUGACUUUUCGAUAUGCUCGAUAAAAUGACGGAUUCGUGGGAUUGUCGAGAGGCAGGCUCGUCGUUCGAAACGAUCGAACGUGCGAUCCAUUCGCGAUGGUUUCGAGUCAACAAAACGGGGAUUUAAUACAAAUGUCUCGGGGGAUCAGUCGUACUAAAACGAACAAUCGACGUCUUUGACUUUUGGUUCUUCGUUGAUAAAUAUUUGACAGCCAGAGGAACUACGGAACGGACAGUACGAAAACAUACUUCUGUUUUACGCGGACAGGAAUUUUUCAACGAGACGUUUCGCUUCAUUCAAAUAUUUGCCAGAUCAUCGAUGCAUAAAAAGAUAUACAUAUAAUUCUCGUCUAAAUGUUGAACAAUGUUUAGUCGAAACUUAGUAAAUUUGAAAGAAAAAUGUUAGGUUAACCCGACUGAUGUUAUAUACUUCGUUGCCAUUUAAAUUUAUUAGAUUCUCAGUGUCUUUACUUUACAUAGUUUGCUUGUGAGCCACAGAUAUACAUAUAGAUCGUUGUGUGCAGUAUUUACAUUCGUAGAAGCAGCUGUCAGUAGACGAUCGGGAAGGUGUCAUGAAAUCCUGCGAGAAAAUAUGCAAUGUCCGAUUUCCUUCGAGUUUUAGCUACCAAAAGAUGAUUGUAUAAUUUUUCGUUACAAAAAAAAAAAAAUACGUAAAAAGCUCGUGUAGAAAUUUGAAAGGAAUCGUGGCUGACCGUGGCAAUCAACGUUACAAUAACAUCGACGAAAGCUGUAUUACAAGCGAUACGCUCGACGUUUUUUUGUUAAUAUUUCCAUCAUAAUUUUCCCCGUCGAUUUUAAUUUGGACGAUUUUCGCAUCGAGAUGAUUGAAAAUUAACACGAUUAAGAUAUUUGGUAGAAAUAUACUGAACUUUGCGCGCUCGCUGCAAUUAGACACAGUACGAAAAUUAACAUAUGCCUCGUAUGACGACAGAUAUCUGUAUUUCUUUUUCCAACGAGAUCGGACUAGUUCCUGCCACUAAUUUCAAUCGUGUAUCCGUCGAUCAGUGUAAUCGCGAAGAUAUUUCGGGAAUACCACGAAUGUUUCUGUUCAUCUGACAUUGAAUUCUAUCAAAUCGAGCGUUUGUUAUAAAUCGUUCUCUUGUCGUUGUACCAUAAAUAGACACGAUUUUCCUCUCGUGAUUUAUCAUGGAACGAAAUCGUUCCUUUCUUUUUUGGAAAAAUCGUUUGCGCAUGGUUUUAUUAUUUUUCUUUGCGAACGUCACGUACACCAGUUGAAUGCCCAUUCUUUUCGCACAAUGUCUAGAAUCUAGAUGAUGGUGCAAUUUACAUACGAUUUCAUAAUGUUGCACGAAAAUAUAAAUUAGUGUAUUUACAUCGUUUCGCAAUACAGACGAGAUUUAUCGGGAAGGAACCACAGGAGUUAAGAGAACCAGCCCACCAUGCAAGGAGACCGAUGAAUGCAUUUCUCAUUUUUUGUAAACGACAUCGUGGUUCAGUGCGGUCUGGUUUCCCACAUUUAGAAAAUCGAGCAGUCACAAGGGUUCUCGGAGAAUGGUGGGCCACUCUUCAUCCAGAUCAAAAGCGUUCAUAUACAAAUUUAGCACAGGAGUACAAAGAUGCAUUCUUGAAUGCAAAUCCUGAUUUUAAAUGGUACAAAUUACCAGCACCUCCUUUACGUACUUUGAAUACUAGGCCUACAAAUAAAAAAGCAGAAACUAGUUCUAGCGAGCAACCUGUAGAGAAAUUGAAAUCCGAGAAUGAGUCUUCCGAUUAUUCAAAGUCCAAUGAACGAGACGGACAAUCUAUUCAACCAGGCAAAUUAGCAGACGAAUCUCAACUUGGUGGCCUCAGUUCUCUAUUUACACCUCAAAAAACACAAAUAACAGAUGAGCAGGCAAAUGUUAAUGGUUCUGCAAAUGAAAGCGAUGGUGAAGUUCCAGAAACUCCAAAAAAAAAAUAUCCAGAUAUACCUCUCUCACCCGACGAUAAGAGGGAAUGCAAAGCUGAUCUUUUUGAUGCAAAAAAAAGGAUAAAAUCUGAAUCGAACAAUAACGAACAGCAAUACGAUACAGAAGAUGAGAAGAUAGAGAUGAAUAAUUUUUUGACUACAAACAUGUCUUCUGAGGAAAAUAAUUUUAAAAGCGAACGAACGUGCAAAGGUUUACGUUACCAAAAAUUCCUUGCGGAACAAAUGAAAAAUAUUGGCUCAUCAGGGCAGCAACCUAAACGAAGACGGCAAACUGGUAAUCGUAGCAGCGAUGGUCAACCAAAUGAGAGAAGAAAUUCAAUUUCGUCAAAUGUCAGCGAGAAAACUGAUUCCUUGAGUAGCGAAGGUGGAAAUAGUUCUCGUAGCGAAUUAGAACAUCUCGCGGAAAGUGCCGAAGGAAAUAUCGAAGCUUCAAAACCAGAAGAUACAGAAACUGAAGGAACAGAGAUAGAAGGAACAGAAGGAGAAUUAGAUUUUGGACCUUGGACAGCACGUAAAAGAUUUAAAGCUGAGGACUUUAACUUAGAAAAGAAAAUCGAAGCAUUACCAUCUUUAAGUUUAGAAGAAUUUCAAGAAAAAAAGAAACAACAACGUACGAAAAAGAAAAAGAUCGUACAAAAGUUCACAUUAGCUUUAAAUAACAAAAGAUAUCAAAAUAAUUUUAACACUAAUGCAAACAGUCAAACUGCGGAAGACGCAGAAAAAGCUCUUCUUGUUGGAAGUCAAAAGAGGAAAGCACGAAAACAGAGCAUUACGCGUAAUGCUGCAGCUAUAAAUGAUUUUAAGCAAGAAAUUGAGGAAUCCAAUGAAUCGUGGUGUACAUCGCCGGACUUAGAAGCAUUGGCGUGUCUUGCAGAAGUUGCCGCCAACAGAACAAAGCUUACCAAACAUAACACAUAAGAUAUAUUUUUCGAUAUGUAGCAGUCGUUUGGGAUACGAAGUUGCGCUACGCAAACCAAAAUCUUAUUCGUUUAUUUCUUACUAUAAUUUCUUAUUAGUGGAAUUAAUGAAAUUAUUGCUUUGAUUGCUGUUAAAACAUAAUAACGUUUCCAACUGAUCAAAUAUGUAUCACGUUAUUAUCGUUAAUAUCUGUGUCGUUAAUUGCUGUUAAUUAUGAAUAUUAAUAUUGUGACUGCUAUAAUUAUUUCGCGACUCAACAUAUAAAGAUAUUUCUUUUAUGUUGCAUAAAUGUCCUACAAACGUGGUCAAUGAAAGAUAGUUUUUUGUAUAGUUUGUUAACAAAUAAUGUUGUUACUAUUACAUACUGAAGAAAGAUUCUAGUUUCCACUUUUUUGUUGUGUGUAAUUAUUAAAAUAUUGCGUCACACAUUCUAUACUUGUUAAUGAAUACCUGCAGUGCAGAUGAUAGCCAUUUUAUCUAAUUUGAGAAAAUGCCCGCGUAUUGCUAUUCAUUGGGAAAUUUGUGCAACUUCCAACAAAUGUAAUAUUGUCACAUAGGACCUGAUUGGAGAAAUGAUCGAUGAAGGAUAGGAAAGGUGCAUAUAGUAAGAAAUAUUAGUCGGUGUGUAUAGGAUGAUGUUGGCAAAGCAAGGAUUUCAACUUGCGGAUGAAUUUUUCUAAUAUAAAAUAUAAAUGCGAUCGAAAAGUGACAGUAACAGUGCCGUAAAUCUUAACAAAAGCCGAUGAACAGGGCAUUUUAUCAUAUCUAUGUGUAGUAAUGAUAACAUGUAAUAAUUGCAAAGUCACUUGUUACUAUUUUUUGUUAUUAUCAUCGGCGUACAUUUUAUCUGUAUUUCAUUAUGUUCUGUAAACACUUUAUGUACAUAGAAAUAGGUGCAGUAUUAUGAAAGAUAUCCUUCAUGAUCUGAAUAUCAAAAAAGGAUAUAAUCAAAAUAUACAAGUAUAAAUAUUUAUGUAUAUAUAUAUAUUUAUACACAUAUUCAAGACCACUGUUUAUACGUUAUACGUGCGUACAUGUAAACAUACGUAAUAAUGUAAUGUGUGCAAAAUAGAAAAUGUAAAUUUUAUUGUUAGCGAGUGUUCUCUCGUAUCAGGAAGCGUAUGUAUACAUGUAUGUAUGUAAUUUGAUAAGACUACAUAUAUAUAUAUAUGAAUGUAUAUUUAUAAUAUUUAUAUCAACUAACUAUUACUUUAGUGUUAAGACCAUGAAAAUGCGAUUCUGUGCUCUGUUUGAGAAAGUAAGGGACUUGUCUGUGAUUUUGGCUAAAGGAGUUUUUAAUAUUUUAUAUUUUUCUAUUCAUUUUCUCUCCUUUUCUUUUUCACCUCUUUAAGUUCAUUGAAGUCUAACUCCAGACAGUGUUAGCGAAAUGAUAGGGGUAACUAAUGUUAGUAAAAUCUUCUGUAAUAUGGAAAUGAGUAUACCGUUUACAUUUCAAAUGUGCCUUGAAGAGAUAUGAACAUAGAUAUUAAACAAUGACCAACAAUAUAUUUUCGAUUCAUUUCGCCAUUCUAACUGUCAUUUGACUUUUAUAUUUAUACCUUCUACAGUUUCUAAUUGUGGUUACGGUACAUAACUAUAUAGCGAGCCUUUGUGGCCAGCGUCCGAAUAUUUGGAAUUCUUAAAAGAAAAAAAAAUUAAGGGAAAGUGUUUCGAAUUUUACUGCACAAACAUCUAUGUACCUAGCUUUAAAAUGUAUAAUUUACACGAACAUAUAUAUAUACAUACACUCGUAUAUAUAUGUAUAUGUAUAUGUAUAUAUACUUGUAACAUAUUGUAUACCAUUUAUAUGAAUAAUAAAGAUAUAAUAUUUUGAUGUAAAC